GUAGAUAGCGAUGAAUAUAAUAUUUCUUUCAUCAAGGCAAAUGAGGACAAUAAAACUCUAGAGAUUACAGAUUUAAAAGUAUUUACGAGGUAUUCUGUAAUAAUCACUGCAUUUACUGGAAACAUCAGUUCAGCCUAUGGAGAUGGCAAAGCAAGUGCUCAAGUGAUCGUUACCACAUUAGAAUCUGUGCCUAAAGAUCCACCGAACAACAUGACAUUUCAGAAGAUUCCUGAUGAAGUCACAAAAUUCCAGCUUACUUUCCUUCCUCCGUCAGAACCUAAUGGGAAUAUCCGAGUAUAUCAAGCUUUGGUGUACAGAGAAGACGAUCCCACUGCCUUCCAGAUUCACAACCUGAGCAUCAUCCAGAAAACAGACACAUCAGUCAUUGCAAUGUUAGAAGGACUCAAAGGAGGCCACACGUAUAAUAUAAGUGUGUACGCUGUUAAUGGUGCAGGUGCGGGGCCCAAAGCUCAGAUGAGAAUAACGAUGGAUAUCAAGG